AAUGACAGCGUAAACGUCAGAAAAAUCGAAAACAAGAAAAUUGUCGCAAUUACUGAAACUAUAUUUUAUUGUUGAAAAAAUGUCUUCAAACAAAAAAAUAGAAGAUGGAUUAGAACAUAUUCGAAAUGCAGAAAAGAGUUUAAAAACUUCCCUCUUGAAGUGGCGACCUGAUUAUGAAAACGCGGCCGAUGAAUACAACAAAGCAGCUACCUGUUUUCGCAAUGCAAAAUCAUUCGAUCAAUGCAGAGACUGCUUACUCAAAGCAGUAGAGUGUCACAAACAAAAUAGGGCAUUAUUCUAUGCCGCAAAAGCCCUUGACCAGUGCGUUUUGGUGUGUAAAGAAUUGGGAGAUCUAAGAGCAAUCCCUCAAUAUGCCGAGAGAGCAGCGAAUAUGUAUCACACCCAAGGAAAUGCAGAAUCUGCAGCCUCAGCUUUAGAUAAGGCUGCGAAAAUUAUAGAACAGAAACUUCCAGCCGAUGCUCUUAAAUUAUAUCAACAUGCCACUGAAAUUGUUAUGAUUCAAGAUAGUACCCGGCAGGCAGCAGAAUAUGCAAGUAAAAUUGCAAGACUACAUGUAAAACUACACGACUAUGACUUAGCAGCUGAUGCUAUCAGAAGGGAGUUAGGAUUACACCAGCAAAAUGAGUCAUAUCAAGCGACUGGUAGACUAACAGUUGCAUUAGUGUUAGUUCAGUUAGCUAGAGGUGACGUGGUUGCCGCAGAAAAGGCAUUUAAAGAAUGGGGUAACUACUGUGAAGCUCCAGAAUUGCAAACUUUGGAAUCUUUGCUACAAGCUUAUGACGAAGAAGAUCCAGAAGCCGCUAAGCGAGCCUUAAACAGUCCGUUUAUCAAACACAUGGAUGUAGAAUACGCGAUACUUGCCAGGGAUAUGAAGUUGCCAGAAAGUUCGCUCCCCCAAACUCGCGUCGUCCAAGAAAACCCCUCGGCAUCAAUUGAUGUGGUAUCCAAAGCACAAGGAGAUGAGGAGUUAGAGGUCUUCAGCAACGAUGAACAACCUUCAAAUGCUACUGAAGAAGUACAUACAGAAGAAAACGAGGAAGACGAAUAUGCAGGAGGAUUAUGUUAAAUUGCGAUAAAUACUAUAUUCUAAUUGGUUUUCAUAAUUAAAGUUUUGUAUAUU